AUGAUAGGCGCCCUCUUCGGAUUUGUGUUCUAUGUGGUUGGCCUGGUGGUUGGAUUGAUUUAUGGGAGCAUCGGGCUGGUGUUCUACGUGGUGUUUGGCCUUGCCGGCUUCGUGCUCUCGUGGAUGGACAUCUACUUCUGCUGGUAUGCCGCCCUCGUCAUGCUCUACUGGGUCGAAUACAUUGACCCGUGGGAGACGAAGCAGCGAAGGGAUGAGGUGAUCACCUUCUUCCCGACCAUCGCGCGGCUGGUCAAUCGUGGCGAGGCUAUCGCAGUCACCGUCCACGGCUGGCUCUACCACCCCAAGCGCGACACCAACCUGCGCCGCGCUAUCAUUGCGGGGCUCAAGCGGACGAUGCCGGCCGCGGGCAACGCUGCGGAGACGCUCAUGGUCGAGAGCCGUCUGAGCGCGUUCAUCGUCGACAACCGCCGCGGCAAGCGCGUGUCCGUCCAGUUCAUGUCUUCGUCCGACAACCCUGGAGUGCACACGCUGUCGACUCUUUCAUCGCGCAAUGGGCACUUCGAGGAGGAGCUUGUCAUUCCGCGCAAGCAGGCCUCGCUCAUCAGCUACCAGCAGCCUUCCUCGCACUAUCCGAACGCACGCUGGGUCCGCUUCUCGUCGGUGCUCGAGGACGAGCAGCAGACAGUGUUCAAGGGCGAGGCGCUUCUCCUCGAAGACGUCGGCGUUUCGGUGAUCUCCGACAUUGAUGACACCAUUCGCAUCAGCAUGGUGUGCGACAAGCGCAAGCUUGUCUUGUACUCAUUCCUCAAGCAGCUCCGCGCCGUCCCCGGCAUGGCUCAGCUCUAUCGAGGCUGGGAAGCCGAGUUCGGUGCACGAUUCCACUACGUGUCGGGUGGUCCCUGGCAGUACUACCCGAGCAUCAGCGAAUUCUUUGAGCUCUCUAAUUUCCCCAAGGGCACCGUGCACUUGCGCCAUCUGCGCGUCAAGGACUCGUCGCUCUUUGCCUUCCUGAAAUCGCCGCACUUUGCCAAGAAGCGUCUCAUCGAGCCCAUUCUCAAGCAGUUCCCCAAGCGCAAGUUCAUCUUCGUCGGCGACUCUGGUGAGAAGGACCCGGAGAUCUAUGCGGAGCUGGCUGCCCAGUAUCCCGAGCAGGUCAAGGCCAUCUUCAUCCGUCGCGCGCCCGAGCACAAGGCCGUGACCGUUGUGUCGAAGACCACCACCACCAAGGAGAUCGACGACAAGGGCCAAGAAGUCGUCGCGCCGCCGUCCAGCAGCGAAGGCGAGAACGGCAGCGACGACGACGUCGUGAAGCACAGCGAAGAGGCCCGGAUGAUCGCCGCCGGCUGCGCUGCGGACGAUGACGACGGCGGCGAAGAGGAGGACGAGAGCAACGACAACCACAAGACCGCCGCUUCCGGUACUGGCGGCCGGCGCCAGAGCGUCGCCUACUUCCGCGACACGAGCGUGGAGUCGAGCGUCGACACCAACGAGAUGACGCUGACGAAGCAGGAGAUCGGGACGGACAUCGACGGCCGCCGCACGCGCACGGAGACGCGGCUGGUGGUGGAGGUGAGCGAGGAGGACCGCGAGUGCCUGGCGGAGAUGAGCGACGAGCGCAAGGCGCGCGAGUGGAAGCGCUUCGCGCCCAUCUUUGCACCGCUCAAGGGCCGCACGCUGUGCCGCGUGUUCACGUGUCCCUCGGAGAUCGCGGACUUCUCGCUCGACGACAUCAUGCACUGCCGCGCCUACAGCGGCGAGGACGCCGUCGAGUGGGAGCUGGUCGACUCUGCUGACUCCCUCCUCCUCGAGCCUCCUAAGCCCAGCGCCACCGGCGACGAUCAGAAGAAGAACGAAAACGAAGGGAAGAGCGAAAGCGACGCCAAGAGCGAAGGAGCUGAAGUAUCGAUUGAUGAAGCCGCCACUGAUGUCAAGCAAGAGGAGUCAGCUGCGGAAGAAGAGCUCGCGGAGGCCGAGCAGCUCGUUGAAGAAGACGACGAAAGCCGACCGAACGAAGAAGCAGAGCACACCCCCGAGGAGGAAUCGACGGAGGAGGUGCCCGUGGCGCUCGAAGAGGCCGUCGAAGAGGAGGCCUCGACCGAGUCGACCGCAGACGAGAUCGUGGUUGAAGGUGGUGAGGCCUCCAUGGACACCUUCGUCCCCUCCAACGAUUGGAGCUACCAGUUGCUGCAGAAGAUGGGUUGGAAAGCGGGCUCGGGGUUGCGCCGCGACGGCUCAGGCAUGGAGGUGGAGCAGAUCAAGCUCGAGGAGGAGGAGAAGGAGGAGGAACCCACCCAACUCCAAGAGCCCGCCGAGGAGGCCACGGGCGAGCCCCGGCAUGAGGAGCACCACGAAGCCGAAGCUGACGUCGAAGCCCAGCCGAGCGAGGCCGAAGCCGAAGCCGACGAGGUCGAACCCGAACACGACGCCGGUGGCGCUGCCGAGGCCGCUGCUGUAGCUGAGACGGUCAAGCCUCCGGAGGAGACGUCUGUAGAAGCGGAGGACGAAGAAGUGCGACACCAGACCGAGGAAGAAGAGGAGGACGCCGAGUGGGAGAAGAUCGAGGGAAGCGAGAAGCAGGAGACCCAUCAGGAUGAUGAAGAGGGCGAGCCACAAGCCGACCAGUAG